CCCACAAAUGAGGACAGCAGGUCUAAGUUAAGCAGAAUGAAGUACAAGGUCCAGUUAACCAAAAAUGUGAUGAUCUCAUAUGAAGACACAGGGUCUUAGGAGGAUAUUAUGCAUGUGAUGGCCCAUCAGUAGAUGGAGACAGGAAAUACUUUUCAAUGUACACAGUAUAACACCAAGUCAGUUAAACUUCAGGGAUAUCAAUGUGUCCAUUUAGGAAGCACAAGUGAUUGUGAAUCAGUUUCACCUGCUUUGGUGCAAAUGAAAGUGAGAAAAGGUGCAAUGGAGAGGCAAAGGCAAGACAACCCCCAAAAAAGGAAUGGUUUUACAUGUGGUGGUCACAGGCAGUUGCUCUCUCCUUAUCCUUCCUGACUGAUUCUUCUCUAGUUUUGUGUUCUGCUAGUGUCCUUGUCACUACUGGUAGCAUGAGGCCAUACCUGCAGCUCCAUCAGGUUGCAGGUAGUCCAGCUCCUCCAGGAUGGCACGUCCAGACGUGCGGUUGCAAGACGGUUUGCUGUGUCUCCCAGCACAGUCUCAAGAGCAUGGAGGAGAUACUUGGAGACCGGCCGUUUCAUGAGGAGAGCUGGACAGGGCCAUAGAAGAGCAUCAACCUGAUGCCACUGACUGUCACUCUCGUUUCCCUGACCUUAAUCCAACUAAGCACCUUUGGGACGCCACCAAGUACCGCCACAGACUGUCCAGGAGCUCACUGAUUCCCUGAUACAGGUCUGGGAGGAGAUCCCCCAGGACACCAUCAGGACUCAUCAGGAGCAUGCCCAGACAUUGUCAGGAGUGCAUACAGGGACGCGGGGUCCAUACAAACUACCGUGUCACAUUUUGAGUUGCUGUGAUAAAAUUCCCGCAAGUUGGAUCAGCCUGUGAUUUCAGUGUCUUACUUUUAUUCUUGGCAUGAUUUUGAAUCCAGCCCUCAGUGGGUUGAUGACUUUGGUUUCCAUUGACCAUUGUUAUGUUGUUUUGUUCUCAACAAAUUAUACAGUGUACAUCAAUGAAGAGUUUCAACUUGAAUAAUUCAUUCAUCAAGAUCUGAUGUGUGAUUUAAGUGUUUCCUUAAUUUUUGUGAGAAGUGCAUGUAAUAUCAGGUCCUUGUGGAAAUUAAGAAAAAGCAUGUUGACCGAUUCUGAUUAAUUUUAAAGCCGAUAUUGGCCGAUAUUAUCGUUCAUCCUUACCACUGAAUAUAUUACGUAAUCAUAUGUCUGGAAGGGGCCCAUUUUUAUGAUAAAUACUUAAAUGAAUGCAUAACUUCACUGGUAUUAAAGUCAUGUGAUGUUGUUGUGGCACUGUUACUGAAAUACUUCCUCCUCUACUUGCUCCUUGUAGCUGCACUCACAUGAGUCUUUGCUGUGUAACGUUAUUGAAAACUUCCUGUGAAGGAGUUUGUGUGCUGAGGGCUCCUGCAGAGAGUCUGCCUGCCUGUUAUUGUUUACGAUCACACUGAUGUAAAGUAGGUCAUGGGAAGAGGAAGCUCAUUCAGCUGUCGUGUAUAAACCAUCUAGGAAUAGGUGGCUUCGAGGAAAAACGUCUCUGUGGUGCUGUCGGUGAUUUUCCGUGAUCGCUGGUUGUGAACAACAGGCAGCACCUGGACUGAUGCUGUUCCUCCAGCAUCUGGACUGAACCUGAACUGACUGGCAGGCUCUUCUACUGCUGAGACUCUGUGGCUGCCAUGUCCAGGCGAAGCAGGAACAGUCGUGCAUGGCGUUAUGUCUGGGGUGGGAUACGCCGGGAUGCUGAUGCCAGGGCACUUGAAGAAUGGAGCUACGACCGUCUAGAGUACAGUGAUUCAGACUCCGAGGCAGACUUCUCAGCAGUGAUGGUCCCUCCAGUCCCCAGUGCAGUGCCUGUCACCGGAGAGUCAUACUGUGGCUGCGAUUCCCAGGCUGAGACCAACUACAACCCUCGACUGCGAGGUUUUCACCAAGUUAAAGACUGCCACUGUGGAGAGGAUGAUCAAGAGUUUGACUGGGUGUGGGAUGCUGGCUGUCGAUCAACAGCAACGUUACUGAGCUGCGACAAUCGCAAAGUGAACUUCCACUCUGAAUACAGCUGCGGCACAGCAGCGAUCCGCGGCUCUAAGGAGCUGGCUGAGGGCCAGCACUUCUGGGAGAUCAAGAUGACGUCCCCAGUGUAUGGAACAGACAUGAUGGUUGGCAUCGGUACUUCUGAUGUAAAUCUAGAUAAAUACAGACACACGUUCUGCAGUCUGCUGGGAAAAGAUGCAGAUAGCUGGGGUCUUUCUUACACUGGCUUGUUGCAUCAUGAAGGAGACAAGAUGAACUUUUCCUCUCGGUUUGGACAGGGCUCCAUCAUUGGAGUCCAUUUGGACACGUGGCAUGGCACACUCACUUUCUUCAAAAAUCGCAAGUGUAUAGGUGUUGCUGCCACAGAGCUACAAAAUAAGAGGUUUUAUCCGAUGGCGUGCUCCACAGCAGCGAAGAGCAGCAUGAAGGUGAUCAGAUCCUGCUCUGCGCCCACCUCCCUGCUGUACCUUUGCUGCGCUCGCCUUCGCCAGCUGCUGCCAGACUGUAUAGACACCCUGGAUGUGUUGCCACUGCCGCCAGGCCUUCGCCAGUUGCUCCACAACAAACUGGGUUGGGUGCUCAGUCUCAAUGGAGGCAACACAGAAGAAACCCCAGAUGGGCCAGAGCGCCCCUCACGUUUGCCUGUUCCCCCCCUGGCCGGACCGUCGUCCUCUGAGAGCGACUCAGAGGGUUGUACGUCCGACCCCGAAGCCUGUCAGAGGAAGAGAUGCCGCUGGACAUGACUGGACAGUUCGACUCCUACCUCCUGUUAAACACUGGCAGACAUUAAUGUCCUUUGGCAUCUAAUCUAGUGUUUCCUACCUGCCUCAAACUUUCCUCAACAUCAAUGUUGUCAGUAGUGAAGAAAAUAACCAGGAUCAGAGAGGUACGUAGGUGGAAAACUGUGAGGGCAAUGUUUCUGCCUGCACGCUUUUACUGUGAUCUUCUCUCAUGCCAUUCAGAUGUCUUCAUGCUCAUCAUCACAAAUUCAGUAUCCAAACCAGCUUCACUAACAAGUGAAAAGAUGUGGUGUUAUUUUGUUAGCUAGCAUAAUGCGUUGCCAUUCAUGUAUGGGGAUUAAUGAAACGGUGCAGGACUGUACAGUGUAACACUGAAGUCAAGUAUGGCCAAAUUUUGGUGGUCAUCAUGGUAUAUUUGCAGAAAGGGGAUUUAAAAAAUGAGAGACUAUAUUUUCUGUGUUUUCAACCUGUAUGCAAGUAAUGUAUAUUGUUUUAAGCCUCAAUGCUAUUAAUGUAUUCUCAAAGUGAUUUGUUACUGUUUUACUGGCAUCUGCAAUUUUCUGUUAGGUUGCAAAAGUGAAUUAGUGGGACACCAUGGUCCCAUUGAGUGCAGGAAGCAACAUGUCAUGCAUGGGUCAUAGAGUAUUCUUUAUGUCUUACUCGCAGGUUACAGCUCUAAACAAAAAAAUGUCUGGACAUAUUAAAACCUUAAAGGUAUACUAUGCAGGAAUUGUCGGCUACUGUUUGUAAACAGUACCAGCAGCGAAAGUGAAAGCCAACCACGGCUUUGUCCGCUUUGCGUUUGGCCUGCUGUUGGGAGAAGUUUGCACAGAGGGCAUUUUGCCAGAAAGGGAUUUGUUGGUUAAUUAACACUUUACUCCCCAAGUGAUCAUUUGUAUAUCAAUUACUCACUCCUUGUUACCUUAAAUUUGUGAUGACAUCUUUGUUUUUCUCACAGGCCUCGAUGUUGAACGAAGAAUCCAAAAAGAGAUGAUGAAUGAAAGUUAUAGGGGGCCUCGUUUAACAACAGCAAAACUGUCUCAAAUUAUCUGUUACAUACUCUCACACAACCCAUACACUGUAAUCCAAGUCUCACUCAUCCAGUUGUAUGCUUCUCAAACAGACAGCCCUUUCUGAUGGGGAACUGAAAGUUAUACUUAUCUAUGUUCUCUUCAAAGCCAGACUCCAUUUUCAAAACCAGUACUUUUACCUUGCUGAACAUGAGAGCUGCUGGUCUACAACUGCCUCAAUCUGUUAGUUUGUGUUAUUGUGUGACUGUAACCUUUAAACCUUUAAAAAGGGUGUUUUGAUAUAGUUUUGUUGUUAAUUUUAGCUUUUACUCCAAUUCUUUGAGAAUUUUCCAAGUUUUUGGAUUCUUCAUUCACCGUGAAAGCGUGAGAAAAACAAAGUCUUCUUCAUGUAUUAAACAUACAACAGGGUGUGUAAAUGAUACACAAAUGAUACUUUGGGACUUUGAACUUUUUCUUUAAGGUUAGGAAAAAAUCGUGGUAUGGGUCAAAAUAAUUAGAUUUCUGCCAGAAAUGGAUUUCUCCAAUGUGUUUGGCCUUGCUAUGCCUUUGGUUUCUGUUUUUUUCAGUACUGUGUCAGCAAUUUUUGUAGCCUCCUCUUGGAUGUGUGCUGCUUACAGUCUGGCUCCUGUAUGGUACUUUUCUUUUUUCUUUUUCUUUUUUUUUUUUAAAAGGACCCUCCUUACCUGUGUGCUUCGCUCAGGAACGUCCCAAACACAACAAAAUCAGAAGAAAAUGGUAAAAUGCAGGCCGAGAGCAGAGGCUCUUCAGACACACUUUUAGUGGGUCAUAUAUAAUGAUUGACAGGUAUUAUUCUUGUAUGAGUCUAUACAUUGUUUUGGGGGAAAUCCUGCAUAGUAUACCUUUAAGAAAUGUUAUAGGGAGGUGAAAUGAACCUGAAUGUACUUUGCAGCUUUUAGUCCUCCAAAAAUGAAAAAAAAUCCUUGUUGUCUUUCAUGGCACAGCUGUCAUCUCCAAACAACUCACACCCCUUUGAUUCCUCCUUAGAUAAUUUUUGUUUUUUGAGAAAAAGAAGUUACAAGUCAAAUAUUUGUUACAUUUAUUACCACAUCCAUCUGUCACCAGCCUUUAAAAGUAACCUGUUGAAAUAUUAUGCUACUUGUUCAUAGAAACUAUGGAGUUCCUCUUUUCUAAAAAAAAAAGAAGAUGUAAGCAGUAUACAUUGUUAUUUAGUGUAGCUCUUUUAAAUCUGAUCAUUAGACAAGUACCCAGAAGAGACUGCCGCACAUUUAAAGUAACUUUUCAUCCCUGUUACACUUUAUUGUUUUUUAGAACUUUUUAAAGAGUUAGUUUCUUUGACUGAAAAACUUUGAGAUUAUGAGCAGUUUUAAUUUUUUUUUUUUUUUGUACUGAACUGUUUAUGCAAGUGUGUUCUUUUGGUUUUCCAAUGGCCUUGUCCCAUUACUUCCUUUUACCAACUCCUCUUUACUGUAAUUCAUUUAGGACGUACUCCAUUCUAAAUCCUUUUGGUAUCAAACAGUCGGCUCCUAUUGGUGUAAAAGUUGGUUGUAAAAAGUUAUUUGUGUCUGCAUAAAAAGACACCAGCUUGAAUUUGAUGAUGUGAGGUUUUCACAGCCGAAAACAACAUUCAAUAUUGUUCUGCUUCUGUAGCAUCAUCUGUCUCUCAGCUCUCUGCUGAGUGUGUUUCUAAUAAUAAUGUUUUUUAAAACGAGUCUCAAAACACAGUUUACAAAAGACGUUAGAGAGGUUGGUUAUGUUGCAGGAUUGGUUUGCAAAUUUCUUUGAAUGUUUUGCUUGUUUUCCUAAAACAAACAUCUUACAGCCAGUUUUCAAGCCUUCAGGGGCUGAAUGGUGUCAAGAUCAGUUCAAGUAUUAAUUGAUAAUACAUGACUGAGGAGGGGGACAUUACCCCUGGGUCAGAUAUGUAAAUAACUCUUAUUUUUAGUCUCUUUGGAGUAUUAAAUUAUAACAACUUAAAAUAGUGUUUGACCAAGGUGUUGAAGUUACGCAGUCUGCCAGCUGCUGCCUCAGUCACCAGUCUGUGAUCAUGUUCACUCCUCGAGGGUCUUGGUUUAAGUAGACGUACACAAAGAUUUAAGGUACUAUGCAACACAAGCAUCUAAUGUGAUGAUGGUUUUCAGAAGGAGUGUGUUUCAGGAUGUCAUGAUGGAGGCAUUGAUACAACAGCAGUGAAGGUACUAGAGGGCCAUGAUCAUGAGUCAUGAGUAAUGUGACAUGACACACUUCAACCUGUCAGAUUCACCCCUUUAGAUUUAGUGAUUUAACCACCAAGGGUUACUUGUUGCCCAGCAGAUGUAGUUUUUUUUCUUGUCUUAAUUCACAGUACUUGUCUUCACAUUGAUGCAUCCAAGCACUUUUUCUUACUGUUGUACUGUAAAUAGGAAAAAUUCUAAGUGUUUCUUCUAUGUCAUAUUAAUAAUACUGUGUGUGAAGGCCUUUACUCGCCUUUUUCUGUAUAACUUAUCAGCAUGAUUUUCAGCUGAAAAUAAAAUGAAUGCUAAAUAUGCACAAA